CAGUGGAUAAGUUGUAGAAGUCAGUUCUUUCCUUCCCUUACUCGGACCUCAGGGAUCAAACUCAAGUUCUCAGGUUGCCAGGUACAUGUCACCUGUCUUUGCUUUAUUAUUAUUUAGUUCUGGCUUUUGAGCCUAAGUGUUAUGUUACAUAGGUUGACCUUGAAUUAGCUAUGCACUGAGGUCCUGAUCCUCCUGCCUUUAUCUUCCAAGUAAUGGUUACAGGAAUGGGCCACUGGACCUAGCAAGUGAACCUACCUGGUCACUCCAAAAAUGCACAGCAAAGAAUAUACGUUUAAAAAUAGGUUCAUUUUAGGAAGUUUGUCCACAUUUUAAAUGACAGUUCUGUUAAAGUAUACUGUGUUUUGUCCUUUGUUAAAUGUGACUUUUAAAAGCAAUUCACCUUAAUAGCCUGGGCGACUACAGUGCUCACUGUAUAAAUGCUAGUGUGUUUUUGGUGCUGAAACAGAAAGGUGGCUCUAGAAAGCUGGAGUUCCUCAUCUUUAAGUUCCAGACUGAGAUAUCUAGAACUUCUUCAAAAAUCCAGGGAAAGGAAAGCGAUGGAAGUGAAAAUAAAAACAAGAACAUGCUUUACAUAUAUUUGAUUGUGAUCCCUUUGGCGGGUACUAGGAAAACCACGGAUGGAAUUUUCCUUCUUGAAAGAGGUGAGGAGCAGGCAGAAUGUGAACAUCUACUUAAUGAGCUGAACUGGCCGGUGCCCUCAGAAUUGUAAACAGGUUCACCACAAAUCCAGGCCUUGGCAAACAGACCAAGUCUUCCUCUCUUCGGUUUUCUUUUUACAGACUGGCUUUCUUGACAACUUCAAGAUGGAGUCUCAUCCUUGCCCUUUUUAUGGAGAGGAGAAGCAUUGCUUCUAGUUGGUUUUAGUAGAGGAGUGAAGUGCAUUUCUCAGAUACAAAGAGAGCACUUGAGACGUUCAGACUCAGAAUGGCCAAGCCUGGCACUUUGGGAGGUCAAGAGGAGGCUGGAACGGCUGGGAGAGAAAGCAAUUAGAUGUUCCACCCCUUUGGUUUUUCUCCAGACAGGGUUUCUCUGUGUAGCCCUGACUGUCCUGAAGUUUGCUCUGUAGACCAGGCUGGCCUCCACCCAGGGAUUUGCCUGCCUCUGCCUCCCCGAGCCCCAGAUUUUUAUUUUUAUUUAUUUAUAUAUCUAUUUUAACUUUUGAAUGAACACAAUGGAAUUGAUGAGCCCUUGGAGAGAGAAACGGGAUGUCGUGCGUGGCAGCCCCGGGGAUCAGCUCACUCCCACAGGCCUCACAGGCCAUGGAGCCAAGAGGCCUCCCUGCCUCGGCCUCGGCCUCGGCCUCAACAAAGGUGGAGAACGCGCAGGCCGUCCGUCCAUGGGGCGGGAAGUCGCGCGCCGCGGCCGCUGAUUGGCUGGCGGGCCCGGUCGCCUGAUGCUAUUUGUUGUCCCCGCGCCAAUGACGCAGUCGGCGUCCCGGCGUCCGCCCGCACGUGCAGCCGUUUAAGCCGCGUCGGCCGGCCGCGAGGAGCCCGGGGAGCCUGGAGCGGAGAGGAACCUGAAGCUAUCAUGGGAGAUGAAGAUUGGGAGGCAGAAAUACUCAAACCUCACGUGUCUUCCUAUGUUCCUGUAUUUGAGAAGGAUAAAUAUUCUUCUGGAGCAAAUGGAGACACUUUUAACAGGACUUCAGCUUCAUCAGUGUUGUUUGCUUUAGAAAUGGAAGAUGGGCCUUCUGGAAGAGAUGAUUUCAUGAGAAGUGGGUUUCCUUCUGGAAGAAGUUUAGGAAGCAGAGAUAUUGGCGAGUCUAGUAAAAAAGAGAACACAUCUACAACUGGUGGCUUUGGAAGAGGAAAGGGCUUUGGAAACAGAGGUUUUUUAAAUAACAAGUUUGAAGAAGGUGAUAGCUCUGGUUUCUGGAAAGAGUCUAAUAAUGACUGUGAAGAUAAUCAGACUCGAAGCAGAGGGUUUUCCAAGCGAGGUGGCUGCCAAGAUGGAAACGAUUCAGAAGCAUCAGGCCCGUUCAGAAGAGGGGGAAGAGGCAGUUUCCGAGGCUGCCGUGGAGGAUUUGGUCUAGGAAGACCAAAUAGUGAAUCUGACCAAGAUCAGGGGACACAGCGUGGUGGUGGCCUUUUUGGUUCUAGGAAACCAGCAGCAAGUGAUUCAGUGCAAUGUCUUACAGGCAAUGGUGACACUUACCAAAGCAGAAGUGGAAGUGGUCGAGGUGGUUACAAAGGUUUAAAUGAAGAAGUAGUAACAGGUUCUGGAAAGAAUUCUUGGAAGUCAGAAACUGAAGGAGGUGAAAGCAGUGAUAGUCAAGGUCCAAAAGUGACAUAUAUACCCCCUCCUCCACCAGAGGAUGAGGACUCCAUCUUUGCACAUUAUCAGACAGGCAUAAACUUUGAUAAAUAUGACACCAUACUUGUUGAAGUAUCUGGACAUGAUGCACCACCGGCAAUUUUGACUUUUGAAGAAGCUAAUCUCUGUCAGACACUGAAUAACAACAUUGCUAAAGCUGGCUAUACUAAGCUUACUCCUGUGCAGAAGUACAGCAUUCCCAUUGUAUUAGCAGGACGAGAUUUGAUGGCUUGUGCUCAAACAGGGUCUGGGAAGACUGCAGCUUUUCUCUUGCCUAUUUUGGCUCAUAUGAUGCGGGAUGGAAUAACUGCCAGUCGCUUUAAAGAACUGCAGGAACCAGAGUGUAUUAUUGUAGCACCAACUCGAGAACUGAUCAACCAAAUUUACUUGGAAGCCAGAAAAUUUUCUUUUGGGACUUGUGUAAGAGCUGUGGUCAUAUAUGGAGGAACCCAGUUUGGUCAUUCAGUUCGACAGAUAGUACAAGGGUGUAACAUAUUGUGUGCUACUCCAGGGAGGCUGAUGGACAUCAUAGGCAAAGAAAAGAUUGGCCUCAAACAAGUCAAGUACUUAGUUUUGGAUGAAGCUGAUCGAAUGUUGGAUAUGGGUUUUGGACCAGAGAUGAAGAAACUAAUUUCUUGUCCAGGAAUGCCAUCAAAGGAACAACGCCAAACCCUUUUAUUCAGUGCUACUUUUCCAGAAGAAAUCCAGAGGUUGGCUGGGGACUUUCUAAAGUCCAGUUACUUGUUUGUCGCUGUUGGGCAAGUGGGAGGAGCUUGCAGAGAUGUUCAGCAGACGAUCCUUCAAGUUGGCCAGUAUUCAAAAAGAGAAAAGCUUGUUGAGAUUCUACGAAACAUAGGUGAUGAAAGAACUAUGGUCUUUGUUGAAACCAAGAAAAAAGCCGAUUUCAUUGCAACUUUUCUUUGUCAAGAAAAAAUAUCAACUACAAGUAUUCAUGGUGAUCGGGAGCAGAGGGAGAGAGAGCAAGCUCUUGGAGAUUUUCGCUGUGGAAAGUGCCCAGUUCUUGUUGCUACUUCAGUGGCUGCCAGAGGGCUUGAUAUUGAAAAUGUUCAACAUGUUAUCAAUUUUGACCUUCCUUCUACCAUUGAUGAGUAUGUUCAUCGAAUUGGACGCACUGGCCGCUGUGGAAAUACUGGCAGAGCGAUUUCUUUUUUUGAUACUGACUCUGAUAAUCAUUUAGCACAGCCUCUAGUUAAAGUACUGUCAGACGCUCAACAGGAUGUCCCCGCAUGGCUAGAAGAGAUUGCCUUCAGUACCUAUGUGCCUCCCAGCUUCAGUAGCAGCACAAGAGGGGGGGCUGUGUUUGCAUCUGUUGACACGAGGAAGAAUUACCAGGGCAAGCACACGUUGAAUACAGCGGGGAUUUCUUCUUCACAAGCUCCCAAUCCAGUUGAUGACGAGUCAUGGGAUUAAAGCAAACGAACAUACUUCAAGUCUGAUAGUUUUGAUGCAGAGAAGAAAGAGUUUUUAUUUUUAAAAUUUUAACAGAAGUGUGAAACCUGAUAUUCUUAUAUCUCCUGUUCUUCUGUUCUUCCUCCCAACCUUUAAAAAAUAGCCAGCUUCAUUGAUUAGUUAUGUGAAAUGCUGACGUUACAACACUGCAGUUACUGAUACAAAUGGUGUUAGCUGGAAAUAUUAAAGCAUUCUUAUAUGUUUUGCUUAUUUCUAGUAUAUUCUUCAGAAAGUUAAGACAUGUUUCAUGUCCAAGUGCUUAAGUCUUAGUAUAGUGUUUAUGAUCCUAUAAAACAAGCAAUAGGAUGUGAUGUGCUUUUGUUUAAUUAUUGGGUCUAAUUUCUACUUGAUCCUUUAAAAGAAUAGUGUAUCAGUACAAUGUAAUAACAUGAUUUUCAUGAAACAGUAGAGACUGAAGCCUUUCAAAGUUAUUUGAUUUUUAGAUCAUCAGACAUGUAAUGAAAAUGGUUCAGUUUGCAAUGUGAGCUUUGUACUUGGUGGUAUGACAAAUGUUUGCUUUUAUAAUAUACAGAUUUUCCUUGCAAAUAAAAGAUGAAACACAUUUCCCCCUAA